AUGUGCAUCUUUGGAACAACCAGUGGUGACAUGUACAUUAGUGAUUAUACUGCGAAUAAUCAAGCUCGUAGAUGGUCACAGAAUUCAAAUGGUAGUAGUCUUGUGAUGUCUACUAGUUCAGGAUGUUAUGGUCUGUUCAUUGAUACCAAUAACAUGUUGUAUUGUUCACUUUAUCUUGCCCAUCAAAUUGUGAAGCAGUGGUUAGGUAGCAAUGCAUCGGCAGUGAUAACGAUUGCUGGGAAUGGAUCAAAUGGAUCUGGAUUGAAUCAGCUUAACAGUCCUGGUGGAAUCUUUGUCACUAUUGAUUUUGAUUUAUAUGUAGCUGAUUAUGGAAAUAAUAGAAUUCAACUUUUUCGACCUGGUCAAUCUAGUGGAGUAACAGUUGCAGGGAAUUCGUCAAUAAAUGUGACAAUUAUACUUCAAGGUCCAAAUGCCGUCAUACUAGACGCUGACAGUUAUCUAUUCGUAACGGAUAACUCGUAUAAUCGAAUAGUUGGAUCAGGACCAAAUGGUUUUCGAUGCAUCGUUGGGUGCACUCGUGUGCAAGGCACGGCAAUUAACCAGCUUAAAGGCCCGUGGAAUCUGGUUUUUGAUAGUCACGGGAAUCUAUACGCGAAUGAAUGGAACAGCUAUCGCAUUUUGAAAUACACUUUAUUGAAUAAUACUGGAGUGAAAUCAUAUAACCAACCACAACUAUCUGCAGAUACCACUUGGGACCGAAAUGCAAUCACAUUUACUAGUAAAAACAUGAUCGGACAACAUCAGUCGAACAUUUUUAUUGAUGCAAACAACUCAGUGUAUAUUAUUGAUACACAAAACGGUCGACUUCAAAUAUGGUUUAACAGCAGCAUCAGCCUGACACGCACCAUAUCGGGAAACUUCUUCAAUGUAAAUUCUAUAUUCGUUACGAAUAAUGGUGAUAUUUACAUUGAUAAUGGCACUUCAAAUGGCUUCGUUAGUAGAUGGUCCAUGGACACAAAUACUAGCAUUCCGGUCAUGUCUAUUAAUUCAUCUUGUUUUGGUUUAUUUAUUGAUAAAAGCAAUACGAUAUAUUGUUCACUCUUCACCGAGAAUCGAAUUGUGAAAAAAUGGUUAGGUGAUAGUACAAUGAUAGCAACAACAGUAGCCGGAAGUAUCCACGGUAUGCAGGGCUCAUCUUCGGAUCGAUUCGCUGCCCCCUGUGGAAUCUUUGUCAGUGAUAACUUUGCUUUAUAUGUGGCUGAUUCUGGAAAUGAUCGAAUACAACUUUUUCGGCUAGGUCAAACGGAAGGAAUAACAGUUGCAGGAAAAACUUCAAACAAUAUUACAAUCAAACUGAAUAAUCCAACCGGAGUUGUACUCGAUGCUAACAAUUAUUUAUUUAUUGUGGACGCUGGUAAUAAUCGGAUAGUUGGGUCAGGACCAACUGGUUUUCGAUGCAUAGUCGGAUGUUCCAGUCGUGGCUGGUGGAAUUGGUGGAAACAAGUUUCGCAACCGGGUAGCAUGGGUUUUGACAGUUGUGGAAAUAUAUUUAUCGUGGAUACAGGAUACGAUCGCAUCCAAAUUUUCCCUUUAUCAAAAACCUCAUGCAACCAAAACAGAUGGAUAGCGACAGCAACGAAUGCGGUAGCAUCGAAUCAAAGUUGUUCCGCUCCAAAUGUCACGCUUACUCCCAACGCAUCAUCCACAACAUCACCACUUCAGUAUCGUCGAAGUCAUCAUGUCUCCAUCGUUUCGCUUAUCGACUUCAAUUGUGAUCAACCAUUCGUCAUGACAACUCUAUGGACAAUCAAAACCUGUUCAAACACAUCAUGCACACAUACCAUGCCAUCCAAUCCCGCCGUCAACACAAAAUACACCGAACUCUAUAUCCCUCCAAACACACUUCCAUAUGGAAUCUAUAACUUCACUCUCACUGUUUCUGUUCCAGGAUUCUCAACNAAACAAAUGAGAGCACCUGCAAAUGCACACAUCAAUCUUCCAUCGACACUGCCAAUCAGUGUCAACAACAAUCAGACAGUUUCCAUUCGACUACUGAUGGAACCACUCUCACCUGCUGGUCAAUCUCAGUCGAACACCAAUCUUUCCACAUCGAUCUCACUGACCAUUCUCGAUGACGACGGACAAGAAAUCCCCAUGAAAACAACUGAUAACACUUCCAUCGAAAUCAUCAUUCCUCGAGAUCCAAAUCUUGUCAUGCCAUCGAUGAUCUUGUACAAUGUCACUUCUGUCAACUCCACUGAUGACUCUCAUCAUCAACUGUUCUAUUCUCACUAUGUUAAUAUCACCACUUCUCUUCCAAUAUCGGUUCACCUGGAGAUUCAACCAUUGAAUGUGAAUGUGUCCUAUUUGUUAAUCUAUCGAUUCGAUGGCAUACCACAGCUGAACAGCUCCAUGAGUCAAAUCGACGGAUGGACACUUCUUUGUCCAUCUGCUUUGACAAAUGACAGUGUGUACAGAUACUUCUAUGACAAUGAACAAACAGUGGGUCAUCGUUCGUUGGUCAUUGGUCUCCGAGAACUUGAUUCUGCUAGUGAUUGUUUGCGCUCAUCGACUCUCAAUCAACCACCCAUAACUGAUGAAGUGUACAACUUCACAUCGAACUAUGAGAUACGAAUGUACACUUCUGGUUGUUACUAUCUCGACAGAGGCAACGAAUGGAGAGCAGAUGGAUUAGUCGUUGGAUCAUUGACUAAUCACUAUCAAACACAAUGUUAUGCAAAACAUUUGACCAAAUUCACAGGCAGUUUCAAUGUUCUACCUCAGCCAGUCAACUGGCAGUAUGUGUUUGCAAAUGCGGAUUUCGCUCGCAAUAAGACUAUUUACUUGACGAUCAUUUGUGUAUCGGUGAUCUAUGUGCUACUGAUCAUCUAUGCUCGUCACUAUGACAAGAAAGACUUGCAAAAACUAGGAGUGACGCCCUUGCCUGACAAUCAUCCAUCCGAUGAGUAUUACUAUCAGAUCAUUGUUUUCACUGGUCAGCGCAACGAUGCAGGAACGAAGUCGAAUGUGCAUUUCAUCUUGUAUGGUCUGGAUGAUGAGACAUCAGUUCGAACACUGGCUGAUCCACAUCGUCGAGUUCUGCAACGUGGUGGUAUCGAUGCUUUCAUCAUGUCAGUGCCAAAGUCACUGGGUCUGCUGAACUGUAUUCGUAUUUGGCAUGACAACACUGGCAAAAGUUCGGCAUCAUGGUUUCUGAAGUAUGUCAUUGUUCGCGAUCUACAGACCAUGGAGAAGUUCCACUUCAUUGCACAACGAUGGUUUGCUGUGGAAAAAGCUGAUGGAAAGAUCGAACAUGUGUUGCCGGUAGCUGGUGCAGCAGAGAAGAGUGACUUUUCGUAUGUCUUGUCGAAGAAGGCAUACCACAGUGUAUCGGAUGGUCAUCUAUGGUUCUCGAUCUUUUCUCGGCCACCUUCGAAUCAGUUCACACGUGUUCAACGAUGUACCUGUUGCUUUGUUCUCUUGCUUGUGUCAAUGUUCUUGAACAUCAUGUACUAUGACUUGCAAAACGAAGGCAAAAUGAGUGCGAACAUCUCAUUCGAACAGAUCAUCAUUGGUGUGAUUGUAGAAGUGUUCUCACUGAUUCCAAGUCUUUUACUCAUACAGAUCUUCCGACGACUUCGCUCUCGUCACAAGUCACUUUCGCCAUUACGAAAGAUCUUGUACGAAAUCAGUCCGUCGCUAGCAAAACAACAAGUCAAAUCGAAGACGAAACAGACAUUCACAUUUCCCUGGUGGUUUAUAUUCAUCGCAUAUGGCCUGUGCUUCCUAUUGGUCGCAACCUCGAUGUUCUUUCUUAUCGUUCGUGGUAUUGAGUUUGGUGAUGUGAAAACACAGAAAUGGCUAGUGUCCAUUCUCAGUGGUUUUCUCUCCUCGGUCCUGUUGACUCAGCCACUGAAGAUUGUGGCAUUGGUGGUCGUGUUUGCAUUCUUCUGUCGAAAAUCGCACGAUGAUCAAGAAGCCAUGGAAUAUCUGGAUGAGAACGAAUUGCAUUUGGAGCGAGAUGAAGAAUAUCUGCACGAGAACAAUCUAUCGCUGGUUGACUCUCGUUCAACAAUCGGACAUGCACGACUGACUGAUGCAGAAGUGGCAUCAGCACGUGAUCGCCGACUGAAAGAAAUGCAGAUGUGGUCGAUCCUUCGAGAAGCACUCGUCUAUCUCAUCUUCUUCUCCACUCUCUCAGUUCUCAUCUAUUCUCAAACUCAACUCAACUCAUUCCUCCAAGUGGAUCAUCUGCGAAAAUAUCUCUGCAAUCCACGACAACCAGAUCUCGACUAUCAGCAGAUAUCGAGCCAGGCCGACUUUUGGUCAUGGCUGGAAGAGAGUUUUGUUGAGAAUAUUCGUGCACAACAAUGGUAUAAUCGUGAGCCACCUCGAAAUCUCAGUGGUUUCAUGAAUGAUAAAACGAAUCGGCUGCUCGGUUGGAUCACUAUGCGACAAGUGCGUGUCAAAACUGAUCCAUGUUCACCCAUGCGAAAUCUCCACUUCGUCUGUCAGUAUGAUUACAGUUCUCAAACUGAACAAACCAACUCAUUCGAUCUUGGAUGGAUCAAUCGAACGCAAACCAGCAGCUCGGAUUCUAUAUUUAGUCAAGCAUUUCAAUAUAAAUCCAAGGAUGUCUUGGAUACCUAUCCCAUCAGUGGAAGAUUCGGUCGAUAUGGUGAUGGUGGAUAUGUGUAUGAGUUUCGUGGUCGAUUAGCUGAUAUUCGGAUGAAUUUGACAAAACUUCACGAAUAUCAAUGGAUCGAUGAUCAAACACGAGCAGUGAUCAUCCAGUUGAGUUUAUACAAUCCCAAUGCUCAGCUAUUCACUUCGAUUAUUCUGCUCACUGAGUUUCUCUCUACCGGUGGAGUUGUCACACAAUCAACGAUCGAACCUAUUCAGUUCUAUGGUAAGUNGUAUGAGUUUCGUGGUCGACUAGCUGAUAUUCGGAUGAAUCUGACAAAACUUCACGAAUAUCAAUGGAUCGAUGAUCAAACACGAGCAGUGAUCAUCCAGUUGAGUUUAUACAAUCCCAAUGCUCAGCUAUUCACUUCGAUUAUUCUGCUCACUGAGUUUCUCUCUACCGGUGGAGUUGUCACACAAUCAACGAUCGAACCUAUUCAGUUCUAUGCAUUCACAUCGUUGAGUCAAUUGAUCUGUUUGAUUGUUUACAUACUGUUCAUAGUGUAUCUGAUGGUGAAACAAGUUCAGUUGAAAUGGCAAGCAUUCACUCAGUUCUGGUCACUGCUCGAUUUUGGUGUUAUUAUUUGUUCAUGGGUGGGUGUGGCGAUGUAUGUGUGGCGAUAUGUUGAAUAUAGUCGUAUUGGUCAAGUGUUUGCUGAGACUAAUGGUUUCAGUUGUUUCUUUGGUACGAUCAAGUUCAUUCGUUUGUGUCGAUAUAACUAUCGAGUUUAUUUGUUCAUCGAAACACUUCGGAUAGCUGUACGAGAGUUGAUUCCGUUUUCGUUGAUGUUUUCGGUGGUGUUUUUAUCGUUCAACUUCCUGUUCUAUCUGUUAUUUGUGUCGAAACUUGCAGCAUGUGCAACAUUUCUGGGAACAACACAGAUGUUGUUUGAGAUGACAUUGAUGCAGUUUGAUGGUGAUGCAUUGCUGGAUGCAGCUGCUUUCCUUGCACCGUUUUGUUUUAGUUUGUUCGUGUUUGUGGUGGUGUUCACUUGCAUGUCAAUGUUCUUAUCGAUUGUUAAUCAAAGCUUUAAGAGAGCCAAUCAAAAUGCAGGUGAUGUUGAACACGUCUACUCAUUUAUCCUGAAUCGAUUCUUGCAAUGGACAGGUUUGAAAGAACAGGAUGACGAUGAAAAGCAUGAUACAUCGAUACGACAAGAAUACUUUGAUUCAGUUGCAAAUUUUCCCGAGAAAAUGGAUCAGUUAUUGGGAGCAUUGAAUCGAGAUGACGAUGAAAAGCAUGAUACAUCGAUACGACAAGAAUACUUUGAUUCAGUUGCAAAUUUUCCCGAGAAAAUGGAUCAGUUAUUGGGAGCAUUGAAUCGAGUGUACAUGUAUCAAAAGACAGAAAGGGAAGAAAUAAUACUUUAG